AACAUUUACGAUUCCAAAUGACGCUGACGCGGAGAGUGACGUAAACAUGCUACACGAUGCAUGUUAGCAGAAUAGAAUAACUUGUGUUUUUAUCAUUUACGGUUAGUUAUACUUGCGUUAGAACAGGUUUCUUGCUUUCUGAAUAAAAUGGAGACAGAAAGUCGUCCCAAAAAGAGAUCCUAUGGAGAGGAAGAGAAGUCUGGCUCAGAAGGGUCGGAGGAUGACGACUAUGUUCCUUAUGUUCCCGUCAAAAUUCGAAAACAACAAAUGCUACAGAAGAUGCUACGUCUGCGGGGAAAGGCCGUAGAUGAGGAGCAGAAGGACUCUGGAGAAGAGCAGCGGGAUGAAGACGAGGGUCUGGGUCCGCGCUCCAAUAUAAGUCUUCUUGAUCAGCAUCAGCAUCUAAAGGAAAAAGCAGAAGCUCGUAAAGAGUCAGCCAAAGAGAAGCAGCUGAAGGAGGAAGAGAAGAUUCUUGAGAGUGUUGCAGAAGGCAGAGCUCUGAUGUCUGUGAAGGAAAUGGCCAAAGGCAUCAUCUAUGAUGACCCAAUCAAAACCAGCUGGAAGGCACCACGCUACAUUCUGAACAUGCCGGACACACGACACGAACGCGUCAGGAAGAAGUUCCACAUUCUGGUCGAUGGAGAGGGAAUCCCCGCUCCCAUCAAAAGCUUCAGGGAGAUGAAGUUUCCACCAGCGAUCCUAAAAGGUUUAAAAAAGAAAGGAAUCGUGCACCCAACUCCGAUUCAAAUCCAGGGAAUCCCCACGGUUUUGUCAGGUCGAGACAUGAUUGGCAUCGCCUUCACUGGAUCAGGAAAGACUUUGGUCUUCACCCUGCCCAUCAUCAUGUUUGCCCUUGAGCAGGAGAAGAGGCUGCCGUUCUUUAAGAGAGAGGGACCGUAUGGACUCAUCAUCUGUCCCUCGCGAGAGUUAGCGCGGCAGACACACGGCAUCAUUGAGUAUUACUGCAAGCUGCUGGAGGAGGAAGGAGCUCCCCAGAUGCGCACUGCCCUCUGCAUCGGAGGAAUGUCCGUCAAGGAGCAGAUGGAGGUGGUGAAACACGGCGUCCACAUGAUGGUCGCCACCCCUGGGAGACUGAUGGACUUGCUGCAGAAGAAGAUGGUCAGUCUCGACAUCUGCCGCUACCUGGCUCUUGAUGAAGCAGACAGAAUGAUCGACAUGGGUUUCGAGGAAGACAUCAGGACCAUCUUCUCCUACUUCAAGGGACAAAGACAAACAUUGCUGUUCAGUGCUACCAUGCCCAAGAAGAUCCAGAACUUUGCAAAGAGCGCUCUGGUCAAACCGGUCACUAUUAACGUGGGCCGGGCCGGAGCUGCCAGUUUAGACGUCAUCCAAGAAGUAGAAUACGUCAAAGAGGAGGCCAAGAUGGUGUACCUCCUGGAGUGUCUGCAGAAAACGCCACCUCCAGUGCUGAUCUUUGCUGAGAAGAAGGCCGAUGUGGAUGCCAUCCAUGAGUAUCUGCUGCUAAAGGGAGUGGAGGCGGUGGCCAUACAUGGAGGCAAAGAUCAAGAAGAAAGAACUAAAGCAAUCGAGGCUUUUAAGGAAGGAAAGAAAGAUGUUCUAGUUGCCACGGAUGUUGCCUCCAAAGGUUUGGAUUUCCCUGCUAUUCAGCACGUGGUGAACUACGACAUGCCUGAAGAGAUAGAAAACUAUGUCCACAGAAUAGGAAGAACUGGUCGAUCUGGAAAGACUGGGAUCGCUACAACAUUCAUCAACAAAGGCUGUGACGAAUCUGUACUGAUGGAUCUAAAAGCUCUGCUGGUUGAAGCCAAGCAGAAGGUUCCUCCGGUCCUCCAGGUGCUGCAGACGGGAGACGAAACCAUGCUGGACAUCGGAGGAGAGAGGGGCUGCACGUUCUGCGGCGGUCUCGGCCAUCGCAUCACAGACUGUCCCAAGCUGGAGGCCAUGCAGACCAAACAGGUCACCAACAUCGGGCGCAAAGACUACCUGGCUCAUAGCUCGAUGGACUUCUAGGGGCUUUAUCCCCAGAAUAAAACCCAUCCAGCAUCCCCAGACUGCCCAUAUGGUGCUGAACGGAAGUGAUCACCUAGACCUAAACGUAACCCUGUUGUUCUGACGUUUCUUGGUAUAAAUUUCUGCUUCUGUAAAUUGUAAAUAAAACUUUUUGUUAAUCUUG